GGGAAAACAUGCCCCUGGCCACGACUAAAACGUGGUACUAUCUCUCUAAAUACUGCAUCCGAAGCGGCUAUCUCAACAAUCAAAGGUUGGGUUGAGGAAUGCUUUGACUCUCACGAGCCGUGCCAACAGAUCCGGCAAAAGCCACAAUUACCGACACGCGUCGUCGAAAUCAUAGAUGCGACCACGAUCCGGCUACGAGAAGACUGCCAUGAAAAGGGUAUCUACACUUGCCUUAGCCACUGUUGGGGUAAGAAGUCAUUCAUCCGCACCACGACAGCUUCACUUGCCGCGCAUUGUGAUACAAUUUCCUGGGACGAUCUUCCAACGACAUUCCAGGAUACCAUUGACAUCACAAGACGUUUGGGCGUUAGGUACAUUUGGAUAGACAGUCUCUGCAUCAUCCAGCAGGAUGACCUAGAAGACUGGCGACAUGAGGGGAGUAAAAUGUGCGAUAUAUACUCAGGAUCCUACCUCACAAUCGCAGCAAGCAGGUCUGAAGACAGUACUGGCGGUUGCUAUUCGAUAGCCGAUACCAUACAAGAGACUCCACAGUGGUUCACCAAUGCAAACAAUGAGCAGUACAGUGUCAACAUGCGUCUGAGCAUCCAGCAUGAACUUGAAACAUCACCGUUGAUCCAGCGAGCGUGGUUCUUCCAAGAAAGGGUUUUGUCGCCGCGAGUGGUGCAUUUCGGACCAGAUGAACUGUAUUGGGAGUGCAGAGUGGGGAACACAUGUGAGUGCUCGGAUUGGCGAUAUGUGGAAGAGAGCGAGUAUCUUCCAACCAGGCUGGGCCGUCGAUUUGAGACUGACAAGCCAUACCCAACGCAAUCUGGAUUAUGGCACUUCGUGGUACGGCAGUACACACGAAAAAAACUGCAGUACGAAACGGAUAUAUUCCCAGCGCUCCAAGGUGUAGCAAAAUCACUGCAGCACUACGGUGAUUAUUACGCCGGCCUAUGGCGCUCGGAAACGCUUCUUCUUGAUCUUCUGUGGUGCAGCUGGGAUCAUAGUCGACCUGCAGUAUGCAGAGCACCGAGCUGGUCGUGGGCAUCAGUCACAGGUCGCGUGUACUGGUACAACUAUCCACAGGAUUUCGAACUCUUGGCCGAAGUAGUGAGCAUACAAACCAUCCCUCUUGGAUCCGACCCGUUCGGUCAAUUGCUCUCCGGUCAGUUGGAGCUCAAAGGUCCUUGCUUUACUGGACGUAUU